AGACAUGACAUCUGAGAGAUCAGAUGCAGUAAUUAUGGUGGAAGAAAAUUCAGAGCCUGUGGCAGCUUGCGAGCCCUCCAAGAAAAUCAAUGUUAUCAGCAAAGAAGCGGUUCACCAGAUUUGCUCGGGGCAGGUGGUCCUGGAUCUGGCUGUUGCCAUAAAGGAAUUAGUCGAAAACAGUCUUGACAGUGGAGCUACAUACGUCGACAUCAAGUUGGUAGAUUAUGGAGAAACUUGCAUUACAGUCAGUGAUAAUGGUUCUGGAGUCCUGGAGACUGAUUUCGAAGGAUUGGGCCUUAAGCAUCACACAUCAAAGCUCCGAGACUUCUCUGACAUCUUCGAGAUCUCCACAUUUGGCUUCAGAGGUGAAGCCCUCAGUUCCCUCUGCGCCCUCUCAGAUCUCACCGUAACGACAAGACACUCCACUGUUCCCUACGCUUUCAAGCUCUACUUCAACAAGGAAGGCAACCUCACCAAGAAGAAGGUCUGCGCCCGCGAGGUGGGAACGACAGUCUCAGUCAGGAACAUAUUCAAGAACCUCCCGGUAAGAGCCAAGGAGUUUCAGAAAAAUAUAAAGAAAGAGUUCACAAAAGCCCUUCAGGUCCUCUACGGUUACUGCCUCGUGUCAACUGGAAUAAAAAUCACGUGCUCUAAUAGUAAGGACGGGAAGACGAGUGUAGUUGUGGCCACCACUGGAGUCGACGACGUCAUGAUCAACGCCUCGUCAGUCUUCGGAAAGAAAUCCCUCAAAGGAGUUGAGGGUGUCGAGCUCGUUCAGCCUGACGAGACAGUUCUUCAAGACUUCAAUUUAUCUGACGACGUUUCUGUGAACUUCACCUGGGAAUUCUACACCAGCAGCUGCGAGCACAAGUUGGGCUGUGCCUCCCCGAAUCGUCAGUUCUUCUACAUCAACGGACGCCCCUGUGUCUUGACAAAAUUAGGCAAAUUGAUUAAUCACGUUUAUCACAAGUACAACAACAAGCAGUACCCCUUCGUCUACUUGAACCUGAAGCUGCCACAGGAGACAGCUGAUGUCAACGUCACCCCUGACAAGAGGACUGUCUUCCUCACCCAGGAGAAAAUCAUUCUGGCAGUCGUCAAAAUGAGUCUCCAACAGAAAUGGAAUAAAAUGCAGGGGAACUACACGGAUUUGAGUCUGGACGAAAUACAGAAGUCCCUCAAGAGGUCAAUACCAACGUCUCCAGUUGGCCGACCCCCCAGCAAGAAGCAAUUUGUCUCGGUGAAGAGAUCUACUGGGGGUGAGAACGUAACAGCCACUCUGGGGGAUGACAGUGACAGAUCUUAUGCGUUUCCAACCGAGAGAUUGCCGGAUGCCGACGUGACAAUCAAUUUGACAUCGAUUAAAGCUGCUCUCCAGCUCAAGAGGAGACGAAGGGAGCAGAGAAGUGCUGGAGACUUGGAGAUUAAAUACAGGGCUGAGAUCGGUGCGAAGAGUGCUGACGCUGAGAGGGAACUGCAGAAAGGAUUGACGACUGAAUCAUUUACAAAGAUGAAAAUCAUUGGUCAAUUCAACCUGGGCUUCAUAAUCGCUCAACUUGACGGCGAUCUCUUCAUAAUCGAUCAGCACGCAACCGACGAGAAAUACCGCUUCGAGAAGCUCUCGAAUGAGACGAAACUGAAGACUCAAAAGCUCAUAGCCCCCAAGCCCCUGAGCUUCACAGCGUUGAACGAAACGGUAGUCAUGGAGAACCAGGGUUUGUUCGACGCCAACGGUUUCACCCUGUCCAUUAGUCCUGAUGCUCCAGUAGGCCAGCGAGUCCAGUUGACGGGAAUGCCAGUGAGUGGGAAUUGGCAGUUUGGGGAGGAGGACCUCGAGGAGUUGAUAUUCCUGAUCCGGGAGGGAGGCACCGAGGGCAUCAAGGACCAGGCCGUCCUCAGGCCCAGCAGAGUCCGCUCGAUGCUUGCCUCGAGGGCCUGUCGAGGGGCUGUGAUGAUUGGGAAGACCCUCAAUGAUUCAGAAAUGAGGAAGUUAAUCAUGCAAAUGGGGAUGAUAAAGCACCCUUGGAAUUGCCCUCAUGGCAGACCGACGAUAAGACAUUUGUUGUCACUCAAAUUGUUGAGGAAUUUGUAAAGUUGUUAUUUAGUCAUAAUCGAAAAAUAUCGCAGAAAUAAUUUGUGUACAUGGAACAAUAAAUUAAUAAAAUGCGGAAUGAAAAAUA